AUUGACGAUCGAUUGCUUUGGGCUGCCAUCUUCCUUUCACCAGGAAAUAGCUCUUUCUGUUUCUGUUAGCAGCUAGCACGAGUUCAAAUGGUUGCUAGCUAGAGUUAAACAACAACAACAAAACAACAACAACAACCACAACCAAAAUGAACGACACACAAAACGGAGCGGUGUUUGAGGCCAUUACGGUGCACAACUUUUCGGAGAAGAUUUUGGAGCAGGUCAUACACUUCCAUGUGAUGAAGCUCAGCGGAGGGUUCUUCCUGUGGGUCGGUUCGAGUCCGGUUCUGUCCAACCUCGCGGUGUCAAUGAGCAGCAGAUAUGAUUCGAUGCCUUUAUCUACAUUAGUCAUGGGGGACCCAUCCAAUACUGCUUCAAAUUCCUUGGCACAGAGAUUAGCAAAGAAGACCAAAAAGCAAGUAUUUGUGAGUUACAGUCUUCCGAUGACAGACUCCAACCUCAGUCUUUCGGUGGAGAACAGGAUCAAAAAGGAGCUGGAGCUUCACCCGGAACACUUUUGAUUGUUUAUUGAACUCUUGUUUUGUGUAGAACUGAGGCCGUGUAGGAAGCAGAGCAACGGUCAAGUAGCAGGUGCUUCUCCUUCUUUUUCUUUGGACUGACAUAACUCAUUCUAAUACUGUAAUCGAACUCCCACACAACGACCACACACAGUCACAUCAACGUGUUCUUUUAUUGACAUAAUAAAUUAAGUGGUUUAUUAUCAAAACAUGUAGAGGCCUAUGGCUUUUUGUACAAAUGCAUCAUAUUAAAAAAAUAACACUUAGAAAACA